CACGCCCCGCGGCCGGCGUGUGCUUCGCAUGCGGCAGAACCGCACAAGAGCGUUUGGGAGGCGGAGAGUCGCAGGCGGCUCGCCGGGGGAGCUGCGUUGGCCGGGCAGCAGGAGGAGCCCGCACCGACCGGAGAGAGAGACAGAGAGCGAGAGAGACGAAGACGACGAGAAGAAAGAGAGGCAGAGCUGGAAAAAAAAAGAGAGAGAGAGGAAAAAAAAAGCGACCCAAUUGUAAGAAAGACGUGAAGGCUGCGCGGAUGAAGACGUCGGAGCGGCGACGGUCGAACGGCUCGCGUGAAGUUUGCCUCUCGAAACAUGGACCGACGAGGUGGCAACUAGGGACAAAAAAAAAACACGGCUGCGGGAGACACAUUGGAUAAAAUGACUGCACGCCAGCUGCGCAGUCCUUGUUAACGGAAUGGAAAGCCUACGUUUGACGACCGCUCCCAUGCAAAUGCGGAAAUACACGAGCGGCUCGCGCGGCUAACCGUGCCGAGGCUGUCAGCCGAUUCGCGGGGGAACGCCAUGCUAAAGUGGCGUAAGAAUAACAACCGGGAGCGCUCAGUUCACGCGGAGGGAAAACGCUGGAAAAAGUUGGUGGAAAAUCUGGUUUUUUCACCUUGUUUUUCGAUGCCCCACUUUUUGAUUAUUUUGACCUAGAUAUUUCUGUGAAGCACUUCCAUUUUGGCCAGUCACAUCUAAGUGCAACCUACUUUUCUGUGAAUAAUGAUGGAUGGAAUUCACAGAAGGGCAUAGUGAGGAUGUGAAGGGCAGAACGAUGGAAGCCGCAUGAAGAGGAGGACGACGAGCUGGAACCGGCAAAUCACAAUGGCCCACGCCAGUUUGCUGCAGGGGAAGCGCUUUUACUGCAGGGAGUGGGUCUUCCACAAGAUACAGCAUUGCCUUCUGGAGAAAAGCAGCAACCUGAGCGGGGUGACCGGCACACCCAGCAAGCAGCCCCCCCCGGGGCCCAGCGGCAGCAGCGUCUCCAACCCGCGCAGCCUGACUUCAGGUUCGGCCAAAACCGGGAACUCGUGGGGCCUGCUACUGGUCGGCGGUCCCGGCAGCGGGAAAACUGCGCUGUGCACGGAGCUGCUGUGGCCCACAUCCACGCAGGGAGCCCAGCGAAGCCUACACCAGCAAGGCCUGGCCUUCCACUUCUGCCGGGCCGACGACGCCGACACGCUGUGCGUCGCCGGCUUCGUCCGCGGACUGGUGGCGCAAAUCUGCCGCAGCGGGCUGGUGACGGGAUACGAGGAGAAGUUGCGCGAGCCGAGCGUGCAGGGAACUCUGCUGCCCGGCGAGUGCGAAAGGAAUCCCACCGAGGCGUUCAAAAGAUGCGUGCUCCUGCCACUUUUGAGCGCCAAGCCUCCGGCCCAGGCUCUCUUCCUGUUGGUGGACUCCGUGGAUGAGGGGGGCCAGCUGGGCGAGGCGGAGCAGAGGUCGCCGCCGGGCUCCCCCAGGACCAUCGCCGAGCUCCUCGCCAGCCAUCACGAGUUCCUGCCGCCGUGGCUUCUAUUGAUCUGCUCUGCCCGGCGACAGAACAAGUCCAUUACUAAACUCUUCACAGGAUUCAGGAAAAUCAGCCUGGACGACCUGCGCAAGGCCUACAUCGUCAAGGACGUACAACAGUACAUUCUCCACCGUCUGGACCAGGAGGAAGCCCUGAGGCAGCAUCUCACCAAAGAGACGGCGGAGAUGCUCAACCAGCUCCACAUCAAGAGCAGCGGCUGCUUCCUCUACCUGGAACGAGUGCUGGACGGCGUGGUGGAGAAUUUCAUCAUGCUCCGCGAGAUCCGCGACAUCCCCGGCACGCUCAAUGGCCUCUACCUGUGGCUCUGCCAAAGAUUGUUUGUCAGGAAACAGUUUGCCAAAGUCCAGCCGAUCCUCAACGUCAUCUUGGCCACAUGCAGACCUCUCACGGUGAAGGAACUGUACCACGCAGUUUGGACCAAAAACACUGCACUCACCCUGGAGGAGUUUCAGAAAAAGAUGGACAUCCUCUCCAAGUUGUUGAUGGAUGGUUUCCAGAACACCAAAAUCCUUUUUCACUACAGUUUUGCAGAGUGGCUUCUGGACGUGAAGCAUUGCACGCAAAAGUACCUCUGCAAUGCUGCGGAGGGACACCGUAUGCUGGCUAUGAGUUACACGUGCCGGGCGAAGCAGCUCAAACCCCUCGAAGUACAGGAAUUUGCACUUCACCUCGUGAAUUCCAAUCUGCAGAUUGAACCGGUCCACUUGGCUCUUUGGAUGGUCUGGAACGGUACCCCCGCUAAAGACUCGCUUACCACCUCCAUACCGAGGGAACAGGAGGUUUUGCAACUUCUCGUCAAAGCCGGCGCUCACGUGAACAAUGAAGACGACCACGCCUCGUGCAUCGUACAGCAGGCCUUGGAGAGAGAGGAUUCCAUACGGACUUUGCUAGACAAUGGAGCCUCUGUGAAUCAGUGCGACUCCAGUGCUAGAACGUUGCUCUCCAGCGCAGCGUACAGUGGCAACCUUGAUGUUGUCACUUUGCUCAUCUCCAGAGGGGCGAACAUGGAGCUAGAAGACGACCACGGACAAACGGCGCUCACUGCUGCCAGGCAAGGCCACACCAAAGUGGUCAACUGCCUCAUCGGCUGCGAGGCCAACAUCAACCACACAGAUCACGAUGGCUGGACAGCGCUACGCUCCGCCGGAUGGGGGGGACACUCAGAGGUGGUGUCUGCUCUGCUGUACGCCGGCGCCAAAGUGGACUGCGCCGACGCCGACGGCAGGACGGCUUUGAGGGCGGCUGCUUGGGGCGGCCACGAGGACAUUGUGUUGAACCUCCUCCAGCACGGGGCCGAAGUCAACAAGGCCGACAACGAAGGAAGAACAGCCCUCAUCGCCGCUGCAUACAUGGGACACCGGGAGAUAGUGGAGCAUCUCCUGGACCACGGGGCGGAAGUCAACCACGAGGACACGGAUGGUCGGACUGCCCUCUCUGUGGCAGCUCUCUGUGUCCCCGCCAGCAAAGGCCACGCCUCUGUGGUGAGUCUUCUCAUUGACAGAGGGGCAGAGGUAGACCACUGUGACAAAGACUGCAUGACGCCUCUCCUGGUGGCCGGCUAUGAAGGACACGUGGACGUCGUCGAUCUACUUUUGGAAGGCGGCGCCGACGUGGACCACACGGACAACAAUGGGCGCACCCCUCUCCUCGCAGCCGCAUCCAUGGGUCACGCAUCAGUUGUCAACACCUUGCUUUUCUGGGGUGCGGCCGUGGACAGCAUCGACAGCGAGGGGAGGACCGUGUUGAGCAUCGCGUCCGCUCAAGGCAAUGUGGAGGUCGUCCGAACUCUGCUGGACAGAGGUCUGGAUGAGAACCACCGGGACGACGCUGGGUGGACCCCGCUGCACAUGGCAUCCUUCGAAGGCCACAGGCAGGUGUGCGAAGCCCUCAUCGAGCAAGGUGCCCGAUGCACAGAGGUCGACAACGACGGCAGGAUACAGCUGAUCCUGGCCGCGCAAGAGGGGCACUACGACUGUGUUCAAAUUCUUCUGGACAACAAGUCAUGUUUAGACCAGAGAGGCUAUGAUGGGAGGAAUGCUCUUCGGGUGGCGGCGCUGGAAGGUCACCGGGACAUUGUGGAGCUUCUGCUAAGCCACGGCGCCGACAUCGAUCACAAGGACGCCGACGGGCGUCCGACACUUUACAUACUGGCUCUAGAAAACCAGCUGGCAAUGUCGGAGUACUUCCUGGAGAACGGCGCCAAUGUGGAAGCUUGCGACACGGAGGGAAGGACGGCCCUCCACGUGUCCUGCUGGCAGGGUCACUGGGAGACGGUCCGGCUGCUCAUCAAUUUCCAUGCCGACGUCAACGCUUGUGACAACGAGAAGCGCUCCGCUUUGCAAUCGGCCUCCUGGCAAGGCCACACCAGAGUUGUUCAGUUUCUAAUAGAAAACGGCACACGGGUCGACCACACGUGCAACCAGGGAGCGACGGCCUUAGGCAUCGCCGCCCAGGAGGGUCACAUCGACGUGGUCCAGAUACUUCUUGAGAACGGUGCCGACCCAAACCACGCCGACCAGUUCGGACGUACGGCAAUGAGAGUGGCGGCCAAAGGGGGCCACUCCAACAUUAUUAAACUCUUGGAAAAGUAUGGGGCCACAACUCUCAAUGGCAGCAAUCCGUCCCCAGUGCACACGAUGGAUGACAAAAUGACUGGCAAAAUGCAAUCUCUCACCAUCAAGUCCAGCAGUUCUGGCAGCACCGGCGCGGGAGAUCUGCAAUCGACAGGACGCGGCGGUCUCGCCAACGGUCCUGUGCACGCAUUCAGUUCGCCGUCAGAAUCCCCCGACUCCACAGUAGAUAGACAGAAAUCCUCACUGUCCAACAAUUCACUCAAGAGCUCCAAGAACUCGUCCUUGAGGACCACGUCGUCCACGGCCACGGCGCAAACUGUGCCUAUAGACAGCUUCCACGGCAUGACGUUCACCGAACAAAUCCAGCAGCACUCGUUGCCCCGUAGCCGCAGCAGGCAAUCCAUCGUCUCGCCUUCCUCCACCACAAAAUCCGUCAGCCAGCAGCCACCGCCGUCGCCAUCCAACGACUUUGACUGGUCCUUGCCGAAAUCCGGACUCAAGUCCACAAAGGGAACCAAGCUUGUAAACGGUAUGGCAAACAGCAAGGGAGGGCCGGACAAGAAAAAAUCCAAGAACGGUGGCUCGCCGCAGGACCAGGUCCUCGAGUAUGAGAUGACCCAAUUGGACAAACGCCUCGCCCUCAAUAAGUCGGUUGUUAAGGACGCCCACUGCAAGGUGGUAUUCGGAAGUUCGGCGCAGCAGGACCAGCUCUUCAUCCACAAACAGAGCUGCGCUGAGAAAAAACGCAACGGCAUCAUGACCAACCCCAAUUACCACCUACAGGGUCACCAGGUCUUCUUGGGUCGGGUUUCAGUUUCUCGGCCGGGCCAAAACCGAGGCCACCACCAGGACGUCCUAGAGAACUACCCCAUUGGAGACACAGAGCUAAGCCUUAAACAAGCCCUCAGACUGCAGAUUGAAGGAUCAGACCCCGGCUUCGGCUACAAAAAGGAGACCCCCUUAUAGUCGCUUGUGAAAGACGGCACAUUUGCAGCAACCCACUUUUUGGUCUCUGCCGGAUCAGAUUUAAUCAGACUUGCAUGAAGAAUGUUCUCCAUCUGGACCGUUUCCUCCCUAAGAAACACUCAACUCCUUCCUGAAUGCCAACGGUCACAAACGUGCCAGAGCAACUGCAUUUGGGAGAUCUCAAAAACUGGAAACCGUACUCGGGGUGGGGGGCGCCUUGAGGUUUUCUGUGAACUGAUACUCAAUGUGCCUACAUUCUGUUACAGCCUUCUCCGUGCAAAACUAUCUUUAUAAUUUAAUAUACUAUUUAAUGAAAAAAAAAAAAAAAAAAAGAAGAAGAAGUGUAUGCACUUUGGAAAGAGUCGAAUGACGGACAUGCUUUUGUUUGAUUUCCUCUGUCGGGCCAUCCCCCUUUUCUUCAUCCGCAGUUGUUUGAUUGUUUCUCGGCUGUGGAGCGUAUGAACACUUGAAUGUUGUAUCUUAAGGCCGCCUUCCUCCAAAUAUUCCAUUAUGUUCCGUGUUGAAAGUAGUCCUGGCGAUUUAGCAUAUGAUAUGAGGCCAUAUUUAUUUUAUUUUUUU